AUGAGCUCUGGCCUCUUGUAUGCCAGCGCGCGACCAAAUGGUACCUCCGGCAGAUCGACUCCAGUGUCGACAACCUCAAACCGCUCCAGCUCGCCAGUGAAACCGGCUCCAUCGGCCGGCGACAGCUUUGCCAACCUCGUCUCCUUUGGGCCCUCCGCUGGAAACAAGAACCUGUCCCUAGUCGAGCAGCAGAAACGAUUGCAAGAAGAGAAAGCCAAGAAGGAUGUGGAGAAUCGCACUCGCUUUGAGGCCCAGUACGGUGGCCAAAACAACCAGUUCUGGGAUAGCUUGGAGCAAGGGCGCGCCCACAGUCCGGCCGUUAGCACCACCAACGCUCCCCGACCCGCCGCCGCCGACGACGACGACGACGACGAUAUUCUCGCCGCUUUCAACUCCGCUGCGCCGGUGGACGCAUCGACCAAUUUCCCUAUCCCAAGUCCCAGAAGCGAUGCGAACAGGGUCCAGAGUCCAGCUAGCGGAGGAAUUACCAUGCGUGAUAAUACUGAGGGUGCGCCCGCGUUUGACGACGAUGACCCAUUCGGCCUCAACCAAUUGAAGCCCAAGUCUGCUCCGCCGCGCACAGCUGCACCGACCGAAGAUGACGAUUUUCUCGGUUUGCUAGGGAAGCCGGUCUCUGAGAUUCCGCGUCCGGAAUCACCUUCACCCGCUGCCGACGUCUCUCCAGUGCCGUCCAACGAGGCUGACCGUGCAAUUGCAGAACUUGUGGACAUGGGUUUUCCUGCAGACAAGGCACGACAGGCGUUGCAAUCAACUGAGUCUGGGACGGACGUACAGGCUGCCGUUGGCUGGCUUCUUACACAGGCCCAUUCUCAAUCCCGGCAAAAGUCCCAAACUCGUCGUGCGGCAAAUGGUCCUUCCAGCGAACGAAUGGAAAGAAACAACAGACAAGCACGGGACGCCCCUUCCUGGAUGCGCGAAGAUAGUCGGAGUCAAGCCUCGGCGGAGAAGGAUCCGGCUCAAUUGGCGUCGCAAUUUGGCAACAAUCUGCUGAAGUCAGCCACUUCUCUCUGGAAAACCGGAAACAAAAGGUUUCAGCAAGUGGUACAUGAGUUCAACGCCGAUCAUGACCCCAACCAGCCCAAGUGGAUGAGGGAUGCGUCCCCUGCACAAGAAGAGCCGUGGUCACAACCACAACCCUCACAUGGACGAGGCGAUCCUGCUCAAUCACAAACAGGUGGAGACAGCUGGACCGAUGAGGCACUUCUCCUUGAGUCUGGGGACUCGCGUCCACCUCGAAAGCCUACUCGUCCACGUGAGAGUCCCCAGCCUGGCAGUGACUUACGCUCUCCUGGUACUGCCCAGCCUUCGCAGCGGCCUAGCUUCCUCCAGCGGCCACCAGACCAGUCCCGAGCAGACUCCAGGUCUCCCCUGUCUCGAGCUGCAGCGGAACAGCAGUCAGCGCAAGCGUACGUCAGUCCAGCAAGACGGAGACGGCCACAAGCACCACCACCAGCAGCCGAAUCCAACGUUGAUCUGUUCGAGUCUCCUGCCCCGUCUUCGUCCUCCCGGCCCACUCCCCCAACCCAAACUCCGCGUUCUGCGAAACCGUCAACUCCCCUUCCAGUACGCUCGAAAGCUCCGCCGCGGUCCAUACCACCUGUAUCGCAAGAGGCUCUUCAAUCUACACAUCGACACCGGGAGAAGGCUUCAGAAGCGUACAAACGGGGCGAUUAUGCAGCCGCACAUCAAAGUUUCUCUACAGCUCUCAGCAUGCUCCCUGACAAACACCCUAUCACCAUCAUCAUCCGCAGUAAUCGCGCUAUGACCGCCUUGAAAAUUGGCGAACCCAAGUCUGCUAUUGAUGACGCAGAUGCGAUCCUGCAGGUGAUUGGGCCGUUCAAGGGUGAGGCUGAAAUGAUCGAGCUUGGGAACGGCGAGCCCAAUAAACAAAUGAAGGACCUCUUUGGCAAAGCACUGAUGCGCAAAGCUGAGGCAUUGGAGCAACUGGAGCGUUGGGUGGAUGCUGCUCAAGCAUGGAAACUGGCAGUGGAGUCAGGCCAUGGUGGAAGCACCAGCAUCCAAGGACGCAAUCGCUGCGAGAAAGCUGCUGGUAUUAGCAAGCCGCCUCCAAAGGCCCCGGCAAAGAAGAAGCCCACUCCUGCACCUAGGAAGCCGGCUUCUGCUCUGUCCGAUCUUACUGGUGGCCCGUCAACAUCUGGCCAGGACUCGGAGGCUGUCACCCGUCUCCGGGCUGCCAAUCAGGCCGCGGACCGCGCGGACGAAGAGAAAUUCGCCCUUUCGGAUAGUGUGGAUGCGCGCCUCACGGCAUGGAAAAAUGGCAAGCAGGAUAACCUGCGCGCUCUACUCGGAAGUUUGGAUACAGUACUCUGGCCCGAGGCCGGAUGGAAGAAGAUCAACAUGUCGGAACUGGUUUUGCCGAAUAAGGUGAAGAUCCAGUAUAUGAAGGGGAUUGCCAAGGUGCAUCCCGACAAGAUCUCCACCACCGCCACGACGGAGCAGCGCAUGAUCUCUAGUGCCGUGUUCGGAACGCUGAACGAGGCCUGGGACAAGUUCAAGGCGGAGAACAACCUGUGA